AACAUGGCGCGAAAAGGACCUCCUCUCUAUGUAAACAUAAAAGGGCACAUUUUAAGUGUCGAAAAGAUGAACGGAGGGACGAGAAGUCUGUGCACAUUUGAGGACAUCAGAAAUCAAGAUAAUGGGGAGGGGUGUAGGCGACUGCGGCUCACACUGCACGACCAGCACCAGGCAGCGCGGAGCCCAGAGCAGAAGCACAGGGACAAGCCAAUUGGACGUGCGUUUGCACUUGUGCAGCCGGCCAGUGACAGGACACCUCUGACUCAGGAGCCGGUCAAAUCUACAGAGGAGCAGGUGGAGGUCAUCAAGGUGUAUCUAGAAGCCCGCAGACAAGAGCAGCAGAAACAUCAGCAGAGCCUGAAGAUGCUGUCAGAUGAAGUUUCACAGAUACAGGAGGUGAGGUAUUGCCUGAAGACACUGAGAGAGCAAAUGGCAGCCAAAAACAAGCCACACACAAACGGGUGGAGGGUCAGUGCUCCGUUCAGAAAGAGCAGCUCGUCUGCCCCCAAGGGAGCAGCUAAAGCUGACGUACAGGAAGCAGAGGAUGAAGCAGAGAGAACCAAACUGAGAGAAGUCAGUAAGCGCUUAUAUGCACAGCUCCAAGAAACAGAGAAGAAACACCAAGAGGAGAAGGACAGGCUGCAGGCUGAAGGCAGCAGGCUGAGGGAGUGUCUGAGUGAACAGGAGGAGAAGUUGAAGAACACAGAAGAAGCUAGUGAGAAGAAAGACCAUCGCAUUGAAGAGCUCCAGAGGCUGCUGGGAGGGAUGGAGCAGGAGAGCUCCACCCUGCGGGAGGCCAUUCGUAGCCGCGAGGAGGAACUACGAGAACUACGCAAGAUCAGAGAGGAAGGCCCCAAAGGAGAGCAUAGGGCUGAGCAGUUGGAGAAGGAGGUGGCUAUUCUCAAAGAAAAGAUUCACCAUCUGGACGACAUGCUGAAAUGCCAGCAGAGGAAAGUCAGACACAUGAUUGAACAGCUCCAGAACUCUCGCAUGGUGAUUCAGGAGCGGGACCGCGUGAUCAAAGAGCUGGAGGAGAAAGUUGCUUUCUUAGAGGCUGAGAACCGAGAGAUGCAUGACCAGAUGGACUACUUCCUGGGAGGGCAGAGGUCAAAUUCCUAUCUUUCAUCAGAGCGUAACCCCCAGAUUGUCUACAGUAAACCAAUCAGGCCAUCCAACUCCUCUAACAAACCCCUCCCUUUCAUCAAAGUCAUUGAGAUCAAGUCAUGAAGCGACUUUGCAGAGAACAGAUAAUUAUGUGAGGGAAGAGAGGUCAAAACCAACCAACCGCUUUGAAUGCAGACUAAAACCAAACAGCAGCUCUACUCUACCACCAUUUGGGAUGAGUUUCUCGGCUUCACUUACACUGUGCAUUUGCACCAUGUACACUCUUGAAGGAGAUGUUUGUUGGCACACACACACACACACACACACACACACACACACACACACACACAUAUACACACACACAUAUAUUGUUUGGGCUUGUGUGUCUGUGCGUGUGCAUUAUGAGUGACUGUGUGUCAGCUUUAAUGUAGAUACAUUAAGCGUACCAAUACAGCUGAUGAGCAUUUUAGGUCUUACAUGUAAUAACGCAAAUUGUAUGCAGAUGUUUUUCUUGCCCUGCCCUGUUUUGAUAUCUUUUUUGAUCUUUGAGUUUAUGACACUUUUGAAUCAAAACAGAACUGAUGUGCAAAGUUCAGGUUGGCAGGCCUUUUGCCAAUGAGACUUUAUGUGGUAUUAACAUCGUAAACUCCAUAUACAGUAAUGUAGCAUUAAUAUGGCUAACUGCACUGACAUGAAAGAGUAUUUUCAUGUAAACCCAGAUGAUCUAAAUCCUGUGUCCUUGUACUCAGUAGUCAAUCUUUCAUGACUUGAGUGAACGGUAUAAUGUUAACAUGUAAAUACUGACUGUAGCCUGUAAAAGUUACCUAAGUUCUGUCAAUGAAGCUAUUUUUAAAAAUAAUAAUAAUGUGUUUUUAAGCCCCAAACCACAAUUGGGCACCGAAAAUGUGAGGAAGGGGUCUGCAGAAGGAAAAACAACAUUGUCAGAGGCAGUGAAGAUAUUUGGCAACAUAAUUGCUUCAUAUAAAUGUUGUUUCCUGUAAGGCAUUUCAGUUCCAGUUCACUGUGUUUUUGUACAUAAUGUUCAUGAAUGUGAUUUGAUGUUUUAAUUUCUACCUAACAUCUUUCUCCUUUGUAUUUAUUUAUAUUAUAUAAAACCUCUAGGCAGAUGCGAUAGAGGAGAUUUUGUAUGAAGUAUAUUCUAAUCUGUUACGUGUUUGUGGUUCUCACAAUAAAAUAAUAAAUCCCUGA